AUCAUCUCAAAAGUCCACAUUUACAUAAUUUCUUCUCACCAAAGCAAAAGCUUUCACAUUUUUUUCUCCACAUUUCAUCAUGUCUCAGACAGUUGUUCUCAAGGUUGGCAUGUCAUGCCAAGGUUGUGUUGGAGCUGUCAACAGAGUUUUGGGUAAAAUGGAAGGUGUUGAAUCAUUUGACAUCGAUAUAAAGGAGCAAAAAGUGACAGUAAUAGGAAAUGUGGAACCGGAAGCUGUUUUCCAAACGGUUUCAAAGACCGGAAAGAAGACAUCAUAUUGGGAAGAACCAGCACCAGCAUCAGCACCAGAACCAGAAACAAAGCCCGUGGAAGAAAAGCCCGUAGAAGAAAAGCCCACAGAAACACCAGCUGAGCCCGAACCAAAGCCCACAGAAGAAAAGCCUGCAGAAACUGUUGCUUAAUUAAUGGGCUGAAAUUAUAGCAUAUGAUUGUGAUUUAUUAUUCAAGUUUUCUUGUAAUGACAAACGCCAAAAUGUGAACUUAGCUGAAAUAAUUGUCUUGUUUGGUUUUCUUGUAAUGUUUUUGCUAUCAAAUCAUGUAUCUUGUAUUAAUAUGUUUAUGGAUGUUUUGGAUCAACAAAAAUAUUAAAAUUCGAAAGUAAUCGAAAAUAUGGAUAA